AUGGUCAAGACGUUCCCCUUUGGCGACAUCCAGGUCCCAUCGCCAGGCUUCGGUGCAAUGGGUCUGAGCUUUGGCUUGGGUAGCAAUCUCAGCCUUGAGGAAGCUGAACCAGUACUUCUGAAGGCAAUUGAGCUCGGAUGUACAUUCUGGGAUACCGCUGUUGUCUACCAAGCCGGUGUGAACGAGAAGUUGCUGGGAGACUUCAUCAGAAAGCAUAACGUUCGCGACAAACUUUUCAUUGCCUCGAAAUGUGGAUUCAACGUCUUUGGAGAAGGGGGUUUUACGGUCACCAACUCUGCAUCGCAUAUUAAGGAGUACAUCGAGGGCACUAUCGAGAGACUUGGAUUUACUCCUGAUCUUUACUAUCUCCAUCGGAUAGAUCCCAACACGCCUCUCACGGAAUCCAUCCCCGCGCUUGAUGAGAUUCGUAAAGCAGGCAAGACGAAGUAUAUUGGUCUUUCAGAGUGCUCCGCUGCUACACUGCGCAAGGCAAACUCGAUCGCCAAGAUUGAUGCCGUUCAAGCCGAGUAUUCAGCCUUCGAGACAGUCCACGAAACUGACGGCCUGAUCGAUACAGCCAAGGAACUAGGCGUUGCCUACGUUGCCUACAGCCCACUUGGACACGGUUGGCUAGUCGAUGACUUCCAGUACAACUCUCCCGACGACUUCGCCGCUGAUGACUUCCGCCGCAAUUCCCCAAAAUUCCAAGGCGAGAAUUUCUAUAAGAAUCGAGCAAUUGUGGAAGAAAUAAAAAAGCUGGCUGCUCGCAAGGGCUGCAAUAUUAGUCAAAUCGCACUCGCCUGGGUCGCUUCUCAAGGGCUGAUUCCCAUUGCCGGCACCACCAAGGCUAGUCGAUUGGAGGAUAAUUGGGCUUCUCGUGAUAUUGAGUUGACGGAGGAGGAUCAGCAGGAAAUGCGGAAGAUUAUUGAUGCUACUAAGCCUCAUGGUAACAGAUAUGGUCCCGCGCACCAGGCUAUGGUUGGUCAUUAG